AUGAGCGAAGAAUCGUCUCUUCCCGACCUCUCGGCCGCUUUCCACGGCCUCAUCGAACGCCGAGAGGCCGAACAACGACUGCUCACUUCGGGCCUCGAGGACUGCUUCCUUCUGCGCGAGUCGUCGUCGCGCGCGUCGAACCAGAAGUGGUUUGUGCUCUCAUUCCUCGGCCGCAAGUCUGGCGUCAAUCACUUCCGCGUUCAGCACUUCUGCCAACACUUCUACAUCGGUUCCAAAGCCUUCCCGAGUCUUCAGAAAUUAAUCACUUUUUACCACUUUUCCGAUCUCUUGAGAGGCGAAAGACUCCAGAAUCCGGUGCCGCCGCCCGAACCCGUGGUCGAGACGUCGGCACCCGUCAGACGUCUGGUGGCAGUCCUUCCGUACUCGAAAAUCCCCGAUUCAGACGAAUUGUCGUUCAAAAAGGGCGACGUCUUUGUCGUCCACAACGACCUCCAGAAUGGAUGGCUCUGGUGUACAAACGAUCGGACGCUCGAAAACGGUUUGGUUUUCGGCGAACUUUUGGAACAAUUGGACGAAUCUUGCGAUGAAAACGAAAGUCACGAAUGGUUUCACUCGAAGAUCUCGAAAGAGGAAGCGGUGGAGCGCUUGGCCAGAGCGGGCGUCGGCGCGUUCCUGGUGCGGCCGUCCGACAACUCUCCCGGCAAUUACUCGCUGUUCUUCCAUUUGGGAACUUCUGUGCAGAGAUUCCGAAUCGAGAGACGCGGCGAGCGCUACGUGAUGGGCGGCCGAGUGUUCCGCUCGCUCGAUGACGUCAUCCAGCGCUACAAAUUGGAGCAAAUCGUGGAGGGCUUCCGAUUGGAGCGCGCCGUCAAGAAGCACGCCUUCGAAGAGCACCGCUGGAGUCACGUGACGAAGGAGCGCCUCGACGACGACUCGAACGCCAUCUACCAGACGCUGCGGGAGUCGCGAGAGGCGGCCAAAACCACGGCCAUCGCGGUGUCGGGCUUUCUGCUGAAGAAGAGCCAGAAGCACAAGAAGUGGAAACAGCUGUGGUUCGCGCUCAACUCGAAGGACCGCGCGCUCUACUACUACGCGGGCGAACGGCGGACGCGUCCCAAGGGCAUCGUCGACCUCAACUACUCCUAUGUGUACGGUUGCCAUGACUCCCUCUUCGACAAACAACACUGCUUCCAAGUCGUGGAACGCGCGCUCCCCUGUCUUUCCACGGUUUACUACUUGUGCGCGAAGGAGGCGGACGUCGCGCGCCAAUGGGUUCGCGCCGUGCACUCGCUGUGCGCGCAGCAGAGCGUGACGUCAGCGGAGGUCACGUGGCGCGAGAUGCGCUCGCUCUUCAUUUGCCUCAUCGAAGGCCAGAACCUGCCGCUGAAGUGCGCGCCCAACCCCUACGUCGAGAUCCAGUUCAACGGCGGUGUGAAGUGCGCGCGCACUUCAGUCAAGUGCCCGCCGAACCCCAUCUGGGAGGAGGAGUUCCAGUUGGAGGACAUUCCCGCUGACGUCACGCACUUCUCCUUCACGCUCUACAACAAGGCCAAGCGCCAGAAGGACACCGAGAUCGCAGAACUCUCGCUCCCCCUGUCCUCCCUGGCCACCAACGCCGAGCUGGAGGACUGGUUCCCGCUGUCGGGCGUCGCGUUCACGCCGCGCGGCGACUCCUGGGGCCAACUGUUGGCCAGAGUGCGCUUGACUCGGGAACUCAUUCUCUCCUUCUCCGAAUACUCCGCUCUCAAAGACCUGCUCCUCCUGGCGGACGACUUGGAAGUGAUCGCCGUCUGCGAACACUUCUGCUCACGUGACCGCCAGCCCCUCGCGGCCGCCAAGUCUUUCCACGGUUUACUACUUGUGCGCGAAGGAGGCGGACGUCGCGCGCCAAUGGGUUCGCGCCGUGCACUCGCUGUGCGCGCAGCAGAGCGUGACGUCAGCGGAGGCCAGAACCUGCCGCUGAAGUGCGCGCCCAACCCCUACGUCGAGAUCCAGUUCAACGGCGGUGUGAAGUGCGCGCGCACUUCCGUCAAGUGCCCGCCGAACCCCAUCUGGGAGGAGGAGUUCCAGCUGGAGGACAUUCCCGCUGACGUCACGCACUUCUCCUUCACGCUCUACAACAAGGCCAAGCGCCAGAAGGACACCGAGAUCGCAGAACUCUCGCUCCCGCUCUCCUCCCUGGCCACGAACGCCGAGUUGGAGGACUGGUUCCCGCUGUCGGGCGUCGCGUUCACGCCGCGCGGCGACUCCUGGGGCCAACUGUUGGCCAGAGUGCGUCUCACGCGAGAACUCAUUCUCUCCUUCUCCGAAUACUCCGCUCUCAAAGACCUGCUCCUCCUGGCGGACGACUUGGAAGUGAUCGCCGUCUGCGAACACUUCUGCUCACGUGACCGCCAGCCCCUCGCGGCCGCCAUCUUGAAAGUGGCGCGCUUUGAGCGCAAGGAAUGCGAACUCCUCAAAGCCAUGAUCGAGCGCGAGAUCGGCGCCGAGACUGACGUGUCGACGCUGAUGCGCGCGAACUCGCUGACCUCUGCCACCAUAGAGCUGUACGCGCGCUCUUUGUCGCAACAAUUCAUCCGCCACUCCCUUCUCGAGCCCAUCCUCAAGAUCCUCGACUCGAAGAACUCGUGCGAAUUGAACCCCGCGCGCCUCGACUCCCCCCAAGACGCGUGUCACAACGCCGAACAUCUGCUGGAAGUGCUGGACGCCUUCGUGGACCACGUGUUCCAGAACGGCGCGCACUGCCCGCCCCAACUGCGUUACAUCUGCGGCUGUCUGCAGCGCGCCGUCAUGCGCAAGUGGCCCGCAGACAUUCUGGUGCGGUCGCGCGUGGUCUCGGGCUUUGUCUUUCUGCGCCUCAUUUGUCCCGCCAUUUUGAAUCCGCGCAACUUCUCGCUCAUCACCGAGAUCCCGUCGGACACGGCGUCGCGGACAUUGAUUCUGAUCGCGAAAUGCGUCCAGAAUUUGGCCAAUCUCGUCGAGUUCGGGUCUAAAUCGAUCUUUAUAACCGCCGAUCGCUUCGAACCUCCGCCGCCGCCCAACUCCAAACGGGAGCCGUGGAUGGAAAUCGUGAAUCCCUUCAUUCUCAAAAACAAGUCCAAAAUGAUCAAAUAUUUGGACGACUUGUCCUCCAAUCAGAUGCCGGCCACCCAUUGGUCGCCACAACGCGAGCCCCACGUCACGGAAGCGCCGGCGCGCGAGUUGGCGCUCAUUCACUCCAUCUGCGACUUGCAUUUGGAUUCCAUUCAGGAGAUGUCCGCUCAGAAGCCGACGCUUCGGAAGCUGGCGCUGGUGGUGGAGUUGUUGCGGAAACGGAAACAGAGAAUUGCGAACAAUAAAUAA